AUGCCAGAAGAUGGUUGUAGCGACAAUGACCAGCAAAACGCGCCAUGCACCCAGCGAAGCACAAAGGCUCAUGCAAGGAGUCUUGAAAAUACCCACUCACUCAUAUUCAAGACGUCCGAAGGUCCGAAGGACGGCCGUCCAUGCACGGAAGUCUCACAGAAAGUCGAGGUCCGGCUGCAAAACAUCCUCGAAUGUGACUAUCUUCAGGGGAGCUCUCCCAACGCUAGGAGAACGGUUUUACCGAAGAACAAGUAUGAAGAUCCGACUGCUAUAACUGCGAAGCCCCCCGGUUCGUCGACCAGGGCAAAGAUCACAUACAUAUCACCGCUGAGCCGCCUGAAUAUCACCCCACUUCCACCCACUCCAAGCAUGGUAGGCCAACCGGAUCAGAUGACACCGAUCUUGCAGACUCUCCAUCAUUUCAACACAGUGACAUAUUGCUCCAUGGGAUCGCAGCUAGCGCAACAGGUAAUCAAGACAUGCAUGCACAAGCUUGUGGUGGAAAACCCCGCGCUGCUUCACGCGGUCAAUGGAGUAUCCGCUGAACACCUCUGUCAUCUUAUCCCAGCAGAUCAACAUCCCCAUCAACAUCGACAGCACCGACUGGCAGCCGCAUAUCACUGGAAGGAGGCCCUGCGGCUCUUCCGCAGUGACCUGGAAUCCGGCGUCGUGCUUCAAUCCAUAGAUGCUCUCAUAUCUACCAUGAUGCUCGUAUGUGUACAUCAGUACAUGCUUGAUGAUCCAGGACCUGAUGCAGCGAAAAGCUUUGUCGAUGCACCUCUUGAGCGACGGCGUGAGUGCCUCCAGUGGCUUGAGAUGGGCAAAGGUUACCAGGCGGUGUGCCGAAGCCUAGGAGAUCUCGUAUUGCAGUCAAUAUGGGGACCAGUGAUGCAAGAUGCCGGCUACGUCGUUCUCCCAUUUUGGAACCAUCUUCAGGAGGACCGAACACGCACACUAUUUCUCGACCUCUGCGGGAUCACGGAGCAGUCAUCUCCGGAAGACAAUCCUUUCUACGUUCCCCUCGGUCAUCUGCUCUCCUACCGUCACUUGGGACCUUGCUUGAACAACUUUGCGAAGUUGAUUGCCUUUGUAGGAAAACUGGAUGGGAAAUUUAAGGAACUCUUACUUCGGCUCGAGAAACGGGCGUUGCUGAUCCUGGCUCACUGGCUUGCCAUGAUGACUAGAACACAACAGUGGUGGAUCAGUCAAAGAAGCGCAACGGAAUGCAGGUCAAUCGUUGGCUAUCUGAUGCGCGAUGAGGACAAAAGAGUCAGGACUUUGUUGGAGUACCCGGCCGCGAUGGUGAGCGUGUCUCUCUAG